AUGUCGCUAUCUCUCGACUCCUUCGGCGCCAUCCCCACGUCAUACGCAACCUGCUCCAUUGGCUGCAGCCCGGAGCACACGCUGCCAAAGAAGCUUGAUGCCAUCUCCGCCGCCGGGUUUCAAGCCAUUGAGCUUUCCAUGCCCGAUGUUCUCGACUUCGCCAAGCUGUACCUGAAGAAAGACGUUGGCCCGAAAGACUGGGAUGACCUCUGCACCACGGCAAAGGUCAUCAAGGCACAGACCGAUGCAAAGAACCUCAAGGUCUUGAUGCUGCAACCUUUCUCAAACUUUGAAGGCUGGCCCGAAGGCUCUCCAGAGCGCAAGGACGCCUUUGAGAGAGUCAGAGGCUGGGUCGGGAUCAUGGAGGCGUGCGGCUGCGAUAUGCUGCAGGUCGGGUCCUCUGACACCCCAGAGGAUAAGAUUGGCCUUGACCGCGACCGCUUCGUGGCCGACCUUCGUGAGCUCGCCGACAUACUGGCCGAAAAGAACUUCCGCGUCGCCUACGAGAACUGGUGUUGGUCGACCCACGCUCCGGAUUGGAAAGAUGUGUGGGACAUCGUCGAGAAGGUUGACAAGCCCAACGUCGGCCUGUGCCUCGACACCUUCCAGACCGCAGGUGGGGAAUGGGCAGACCCGACCACCCAAUCUGGACUGCUGGAGGGAACAUCCAAGGACGACUUGGAGAAGAGGUUCCACAAGAGCUUGGACGAGCUAGCCAAGACUGUACCAAAGGACAAGAUUUAUCUCUUGCAGAUCUCAGACGCCUACAAGCCAAAGCAGCCCUUCAGCAACCAAUUAGAUGCAUCGGGCACUCGUCCGCGAGGUCGUUGGAGCCAUGAUUUCAGGCCACUUCCAUUCGAUGGUGGUUAUCUUCCUGUUUCCGAUGUGGCCAAGGCAGUCUUGAGGACAGGAUUUAGGAGCUGGUUCUCCUACGAGGUGUUUGAUGGUGGCCCGGACGGCAAGGGACGGAACUACGACCUGCACGAGUAUUCGAAAGGAGCCAUGGAAUCGCACAAGAAACUACUCCAGGCGUGCGUUGAGUGA